GGCCGCACAUGUGUUUCUGUUUUGUGUUGUAGCAUUUGUUCUGGAAGCUCGUAUUUACAUUUUAAGUGUAUCUGGUGAGUGGGCUGGAUCCCUCGUCCCGGCCGGGGAGAGACGAAGCCGUUGACCCGUCUUUCAAUCGCUCCCCUUCCCUUUUCUCAUCACUCCAACCAGCCCGCGACCAUGCCCAGGAAGAAGGGGGCGGCCUGGGAGGAGCCGAGUUCGGGCAACGGCACGGCGCGCGCGGGGCCGCGGCGGCGCGGCGGCCCGGCGGGCAGGAAGCGCGAGCGGCCCGAGCGCUGCAGCAGUAGCAGCGGCGGCGGCAGCAGCGGCGACGAGGACGGCCCGGAGCUGGACGGGGCCCCCGGCGGCGGCAAGCGCGCGGCCAGGCCGGCGGCGGCGGGCAAGGCGGGCGGCGCGGCCGCAGUUAUCACGGAGCCCGAGCACACGAAGGAGCGCGUCAAACUCGAAGGGUCUAAGUGCAAAGGGCAGCUUUUGAUUUUUGGGGCGACCAACUGGGACUUGAUCGGACGGAAGGAAGUCCCUAAACAACAAGCUGCUUACCGCAACCUUGGUCAGAAUUUGUGGGGGCCCCAUAGGUAUGGGUGCCUGUCAGGAGUCCGGGUGCGGACUGUGGUUUCGGGUUCAUGUGCUGCCCACAGCCUCCUCAUCACCACAGAAGGGAAACUGUGGAGCUGGGGUCGGAAUGAAAAGGGGCAGCUGGGCCAUGGCGAUACCAAGAGGGUUGAAGCCCCCAGACUCAUUGAGGCCCUCAGUCACGAGGCAAUCGUGCUGGCAGCAUGUGGGCGUAACCACACCCUGGCGUUGACAGACACUGGCUCUGUGUUCGCCUUUGGAGAGAACAAGAUGGGGCAGCUGGGCCUCGGGAACCAGACAGAUGCUGUCCCGAGCCCUGCUCAGAUCAUGUACAAUGGGCAGCCAAUUACGAAGAUGGCCUGCGGGGCUGAGUUCAGCAUGCUGAUGGACUGCAAAGGGAACCUCUAUUCCUUUGGGUGCCCUGAGUAUGGCCAGCUGGGACACAAUUCAGAUGGGAAGUUCAUCGCCCGGGCACAGCGGAUAGAAUAUGACUGUGAGCUGGUUCCCCGGCGGGUAGCCAUCUUCAUUGAGAAGACCAAGGAUGGGCAGAUCUUGCCUGUCCCGAAUGUGGUGGUUCGAGAUGUAGCCUGUGGCGCUAACCACACACUGGUCCUGGACUCACAGAAGAGAGUCUUCUCCUGGGGCUUUGGUGGCUAUGGCCGGCUGGGCCACGCGGAGCAGAAGGAUGAGAUGGUACCCCGCCUAGUGAAGCUGUUUGACUUCCCGGGGCGUGGCGCGACCCAGAUCUAUGCGGGCUACACCUGCUCCUUUGCUGUCAGUGAAGUGGGUGGCCUGUUUUUCUGGGGGGCCACCAAUACGUCUCGUGAGUCUACCAUGUACCCGAAAGCAGUGCAGGACCUUUGUGGCUGGCGGAUCCGGAGCCUCGCCUGUGGGAAGAGCAGCAUCAUUGUGGCAGCUGAUGAGAGUACCAUCAGCUGGGGUCCGUCGCCAACCUUCGGGGAACUGGGAUAUGGGGACCACAAGCCCAAAUCUUCCACUGCAGCUCAGGAGGUGAAGACCCUGGAUGGCAUCUUCUCAGAACAGGUGGCCAUGGGCUAUUCACACUCCUUGGUGAUAGCACGGGAUGAGAGUGAAGCCGAGAAGGAGAAGCUCAAACGGCUGCCCGAGUACACCCCGCGCACCCUCUGAGGCAGGUGGCACUCCCUCGUGGCAGCUGUCACUUUCACGUGCACUGGGACCUGAAGUCAGACAAGGAAUUUAGGAAGCAAAAGUUGACCGAAGGUGCACUGGGUCAGCCUCCCUGCUGCGGUUCCAUUUCCAAGGAUUCAACAUUAACUACCUUUUUCUGUAUGCUUUCCAAAGUGGUUUUCCCUCAUUGUUUGAUUAAAACAUUUGCUCAUAGCCAGCUUGCCUUUCUGCAAGACAGGCAGGAACUCUGAGCAAUUUAGGGUUUUU